GCGCGUGCGCAGCGCUGCUCUGGGGGCGGGGUUCAGAAGGUGUUCGGGGAGAGAGCUAGCAGGUUCUCCCUGGAGGGCUUCGGGUCUGCGGUGGGGACAGUGCAGGUACUGGAGACCAUGAGAUCCCUGAGGCUGCUUAGAACCCCCUUCCUGUGUGGCCUGCUCUGGGCAUUUUGUACCCCAGGUGCCAGGGCUGAGGAACCUGGGGCCAGCUUCUCCCACCCUGGCAGCGUGGGCCUGGAUAAGAACACAGUGCACGACCAAGAGCAUAUCAUGGAGCAUCUAGAAGGUGUCAUCAACAAACCAGAGGCAGAGAUGUCCCCACAAGAACUGCAGCUCCACUAUUUCAAAAUGCAUGAUUAUGAUGGCAAUAAUUUGCUUGAUGGCCUAGAACUCUCCACAGCCAUUACUCAUGUCCAUAAGGAGGAAGGGAGUGAACAGGCACCACCAAUGAAUGAAGAUGAACUGAUUAACAUAAUCGAUGGUGUUUUGAGAGACGAUGACAAGAACAAUGAUGGAUAUAUUGACUAUGCUGAGUUUGCAAAGUCACUGCAGUAGCUAUUACUUGGCCAUUUUCUAGUUACAUGCAAAUGAGAUCCAUGACAAUGUGAUUGAACACUUUUGGUAUUGCAAAGUAACCCAUUUCAAACUUCUGCUGCAGCAUUUUGAUAAAAACUUGUAGCAAUUUGUUACACUGGGGUAAGAAAGUGAAAUGGAAAGAAAUAAAAGGUCAGAGAAAUGGGACAUUUUGUAUUCUCUAAGUACUGGUAAUUCUCUUCUUUGGACAAGGGCUUGAUUAAAGAAUCUUUUUAAGAAUAUUGGACUGAGUACUCAGGAACUUGACUGUUGAAUACUGCUAGUUUCUUGAUUUUGUUUAUGCUACCUGAAAAGUAAGACAACAAAUACUGCCAAGUGGACACACUUUUCAGUAACAGGGAAGGAUUGGGGUGAAUGCUAAGUGUUUCUCCUGGUGGGUCCUAUCUCUUCAGUAAUGUGCUCGAUAUUCUAUGAAGUUCCCUGGCCUAGAGGAUUACUUGCUGUGGGCAAGUGGAUACGUAUUAGGCUAUUUCAAAGCCACAGCAUAAGAAGAAUGGUAAAUAAUGAGGUUUACUAGCCACAGGGUCCUAAAAUUCUGUAUCCUUCAGCAUUUUAGAAAUGAUACACCAUUGGCCUGUGUGAUUAACCUUUUCUCAGAUUUUCAGUAUUUUAUACGACUACUGCCACAUUCUUGUAUUUUCUUUUGUGUCAUCUUCAGCCUGGGAGAGACCUUUAAUUUAAAAGUGCUCUCUGAUCAAUAGCAAAUAUUUUACCUUAAUAUUUGUAUUUCACUCUUAUUUCCAGGGUUUUGUAUUUUAAAGACUAUUAGGAAUGUAAGGAUUUGAUACAGCAGGUGUAAAAGUAUUAGCUGGUCUAGCCUAAGUGGGCUGUGAAAAGACCAUUUACCAAAACCAGUGAUUAACCUGACACAAGUUUGUUUUAGAAGGAAUGUUGUUUAAAUGACCUCUUAUGGCCUGAAUACAUGAGAAUCUUUCAAAUCAGGAAAGAUCAUAAAAGGAAGCCUAAAAAUUCCUUAACAGUGUGAAUCUUAAUG